AUGGAAGUUGAAAUUGUCUUAAUUGAAACUGGAGAAAACUCGAUACUUGACGAACAACAACAAUAUGUAAAUAAUCAAAUAGCAGAAGAAAAACAACAAUUUUUGACAGUAAAAUAUAAUAAAGGUAAAAGGAACUUAAGAUAUGAAAGUGACGAAGAAAGUAGCAGAAUUCAAGAAAAUAGAAAUGAGGGAAACAUGGAUGAAGACAACGGAGAAGACGACACUCAAUCAAUUCAUUUAAGUUAUAGUAAUAUUUCAGAACACCCAAUUUGGAGACAAAAUCUCGGACUUAAAAGAUAUAAAGCAAGAGCAUUGGUAAAAGAUUUUUUAGGAAAAAAAUAUAGGAAAAAAACUAAAGGCAGUUACAUUGCAAUUUAUUUUAAUAAAAAGGAGGAACUUAAAAAAGCUCUAGACCUUGAAUUUAUCAAUGGGGACAAAGAAAAAUUCAAAUUGGAAGAAAAGUCACUCAAUAUGUGUGCAACUAAUGCAAACAACAUGCAGAGACACGCAAUAAUCUGGAAUUUAUCUGUUAGUAUAAAAAAAAAUGAACUUAAAACAGAAUUGGAACACAGAUAUGGUAAAGUGGAAUCGAUCAGCACUGUACUUGGAGAAAUGUGGCAAAAAGCAUAUGUUACAUUUGUAGAUCCAGAAGAUGCUAGAAAUUUUAUCAAAUCAUGGUCACAAAUUAUUGGUGAAGAUAUUGUUAGGGUAACACUACCAGGUGUAACAACUUUGCAAUUGAAAGAAAGAGAAGAACAUGCUGUCAGGACUCUGGGUAUUCCUCCGGGAAUGACUCUAGCAGAAUUAUAUAAUGAAUUCAAAAAAAUAGGUGCUAUGACUUGUUACGUUCCUAGAAAUACCUUUUAUGCGAGAAAAAGGAUGGCUAUUUUAUCAUUUGAAUCAAAUGAAAUAAAAACAGGUGCUAUAGGUUAUAAAUGGGAAACAGAAGACUUUACUGUCGAACUAAUAGAUAUGAAUGUAAAAGCAUGUCACAGAUGUUAUGAUAUUACACAUUUAGCAAAAGAUUUAUGGAAACGACAUAACCCGUCAGCGUACAACAGAAUUCAAAAAAGAUUGGAUCCUUCAUAUGCGGGAGUACUAAAAACUAACAAUAACACGUCUCAUCAACAAGCUAGACACAUCAACAAAGAAACAAAUAUUCAACAAAUAGACUUAUUCACUACUCAACUAACAAGAAGCUCAAAUAAUGAUAAUACUAGACAACCCAAAAAUUGGACGCAAAUAAUAUCUACCCAAUUGUCUACUAUCACGCAACAGAUUCAAUCAAUUUCGACACGACAAGAUAACAUAGACAAGAAAAUGGGAAGUGUUCCAAAACUUCGACGUAGUCCUAUUAACAAAACAAAAACAACCAAAGAGACGGAAAAAUUUAUAUUUUUCGAACAAAACCAAAUAUCCAACUCACAAGAUCCAUUAUAUAAUAUUUGGUGGUCAUCAACAACAGAAGCUUAUAAUAAUAAUAUUGGAUCUGGAGUCAGCCUUAUGAUAAAAUCAAAUAUAGCUAAACACACAUAUAAAAUAGAUAAAUUCGAAGGACAUGGCAUAUGUAUUUUUUUAUCGUUUAAAGGAAGGGUAGUUUUUCAAAUUAUCAGAAUCUAUACACCAAACAAAUAUUCGUCAAAUAAUAUCAUAUUAAGAAAACUAAAACCUUGGUUAUAUAAUCACAUUUCACAAGCCUUAUCAAACAAUUGGAUCUCAAUAAUCAUGGGAGACUGGAAUGCCACUCCUAACCCAAGUAAAGAUAGAUUCCCUGUAAAAAUUAAAACAUCACCAGAAAAUGCGAAUAUAGACUAUACAACUUUGAUAGCAAAUAACGAUCAUUAUUGUGCACACGUGACAUUAGACGUAAGUAAAUAUUGUGAUGGUACUAGUUAUAAGAAAUAUAAAAGGGAAACAGAAGAUACUUGGGAAAAACAACUGCAAUCGGGAACAAACUUAGAAUUACAAAAACACUCGAAAUAUUCUAUAUUAAAUAUAUUAAACAAGUUAUAUCGAUUAGGCAGUAAAAUAGAAAGUACAAACAAUAUGAAUGUGCAAAAAUUAGAAACUAUAGAGACAAUGAAAAAUAAACUAACAAACAAAUACGAAUUAAAUAUUCAAUCUUUUCCCUCAGCAGGAUUACCAAAAGAAAAAUUGGAAUGG